AUGGAUUAUCCCCGACCAUGUGGUUGCAAGGGGCGUAGAACGUGCCUUAGCUGUGAGGCCGAAUUUGGCAUCGUGCGAAGUGAUUUCUACACCACAUUUCAGAACUCCGAUUCGUUUGUGUUCUGUCCGCGUUGCAGUAAAAUUUAUCCCGGUUGGGAUUGGAAAAAGGUGCUUUCGGAGCAUGCAGACACACCACAGCACGGUGGCGUGCAGGGAGAAAAUUACCCGGGUGUGUACAUUGAUCUUGAUUUUAUGUCCACUGCAGAUGAAGUGGAUUUGUUGCAAGGUCUAGACGAGUUGCCGUGGGACAUUUCACAGAGCGGUCGACGCAAGCAAAACUUCGGGCCGAAAACAAACUUCAAAAAAACGCGCCUAAGACCGGCCCAGUUUGCUGGUUUUCCAAGAGUGACCGAAUUUGUUCAGCGUCGUUUUGAAAUGAUCCCCCUGCUGGCCAACUUUCAAACGAUAGAACAAUGUUCUUUGGAAUAUGCACCUGAACGAGGUGCCUCGAUCGAUCCCCACAUAGACGAUUGCUGGAUCUGGGGCGAACGGAUCGUGACGGUUAAUAUGCUGAGCGAUUCCGUGCUAACGAUGUCACCGUAUCGAUGUGUUGACGAUAAAUUAAAGUAUAAUCUACACUUUCUGGAACAGUACCGUGAUCGUUUGCUGGGAGAGUUGAUGGAUGAGAAAACGAUGCGUUGCCAUGAACAGCGUAUCGUACGGAUACCGAUGCCGAGACGUUCGCUGUUGGUACUUUACGGAUCGCCUCGUUAUCAGUGGGAGCACUCGGUUCUACGUGAGGACAUAACGGAGCGUCGUGUUUGUUUGGCGUAUCGAGAAUUUACACCGAUGUAUCUGCAAGGUGGCAGUGAGUUCAGUCAGAGUAAAGAUAUUUUGGAACGAGCGAAACAAUUUUGGGAUCACCGGUCAGUAACAGUGGACAGUUAA